CGGCACCGCGGGGCCGCGCGGCCAGGACACGCCGCGCCAGACUCUGCCAUCCCAGCGGGAAGGAAGAAGCCGCAUCCCAGUUGCUGAUGUGUUUGAUAACGCCGAUCAUCAGAGCCAAGAUUUCUGAAGACUUCUAGAAACGAUUGGGAAGUUUCGAGAAGGCACAAGAUACAGAAUUUCUUCAGAAGGCCGUAGGGCAGCGCGCUGUUUGAGAACCAGGUGGCCUUUCACGUUUGCACUGGUGAGAGCGGCGGACCUCACCCAGAGUGCUGAGAAAUGCGGGGCCUGCAGGCUCGUGCUGCCCACCAGCUCCGGGCUGCGCUGCGGCUCUGAGCGGCCACCACCCCACCGUGACGCCUGCUGUGGGCUCCGCUGCCCGCCAGCAUUUGCUGCUGAAGCCCCCGCUGAAGCCCUGACUGAUGAGGAUGUGUGCCCCUGUUGGGGGGCUGCUCACCGCCCUCGCCGUGGUGUUUGGGACGGCUGUGGCCUUUGCUCCCGUACCUAGGAUCACCUGGGAGCACAGAGAGGUACAGCUGGUGCAGUUUCAUGAGCCGGGGAUCUUCAACUACUCGGCCCUGCUGCUGAGUGAGGACGAGGAUACCUUGUUCGUGGGUGCCCGGGAAGCCGUGUUUGCCUUAAACGCACACAACAUCUCCAAGAAGCAGCAUGAGGCUUAUUGGAAGGUCUCAGAAGAUAAAAAAGCAAGAUGUGCAGAAAAGGGGAAAUCAAAACAGACAGAAUGCCUCAACUACAUCCGUGUGCUGCAGCCACUCGGCACCAGCGCCCUUUACGUGUGCGGGACCAACGCGUUCCAGCCAGCCUGUGACCACCUGAACUUAACAUCCUUCAAAUUUCUGGGGAAAAAUGAAGAUGGCAAAGGAAGGUGUCCCUUUGACCCAGCACAGAGCUACACAUCUGUCAUGGUCGAUGGAGAGCUUUAUUCUGGGACGUCGUAUAACUUUUUGGGAAGUGAACCUAUCAUCUCCCGAAAUUCCACCCACAGUCCUCUGAGGACAGAGUAUGCGAUUCCUUGGCUUAAUGAGCCCAGCUUCGUGUUUGCUGACGUGGUACGAGAGACCCCGGAGGGCGAGGACCUCGGGGACGACAGGGUAUACUUCUUCUUCACGGAGGUGUCUGUGGAGUACGAGUUUGUCUUCAAGCUGAUGAUCCCCCGGAUAGCGAGGGUCUGCAAGGGGGACCAGGGCGGCCUGAGGACCUUACAGAAGAAGUGGACCUCCUUCCUGAAGGCCAGGCUCAUCUGCUCCCGGCCGGACAGCAACCUCGUCUUCAAUGUGCUGCGGGACGUCUUCGUCCUCAGGUCUCCGGACCUGAAGGAGCCCGUGUUCUACGGGGUCUUCACCCCGCAGCUGAACAACGUGGGGCUGUCGGCCGUGUGCGCCUACAACCUGUCCACGGCUGAGGCGGUCUUCUCCCGUGGGAAGUAUAUGCAGAGCGCCACGGUGGAACAGUCCCACACCAAGUGGGUGCGCUACAACGGGGCUGUGCCCACGCCGCGGCCUGGGGCGUGCAUCAACCGGGAAGCACGGGCAGCCAACUUUUCUAGCUCCCUCAACCUGCCAGACAAGACCCUGCAGUUUGUCAAAGACCACCCUCUGAUGGACGAGUCUGUGACCCCUAUAGACAGCAGGCCCCGGCUGAUCAAAGGCGACGUGAACUACACACAGAUUGUGGUGGACAGGACCCGGGCCCUGGAUGGAACCAUCCACGAUGUCAUGUUUGUCAGCACAGACCGGGGCGCCCUGCACAAAGCCAUCAGCCUCGAGAAUGACAUCCACAUCAUUGAGGAGACUCAGCUCUUCCAGGACUUUGAGCCCAUCCAGAGCCUGCUGCUGUCUUCCAAGAAGGGUAGGAAGUUUGUCUAUGCCGGCUCCAACUCAGGCGUGGUGCAGGCCCCUGUGGCCUUCUGCGGGAAGCAUGGCACCUGCGAGGACUGCGUGCUUGCCCGGGACCCCUACUGCGCCUGGAGCCCAGCCAUGGCCGCCUGUGUCGCCCUGCACCAGACUGACGGCCCCAACAGGGGGCUGAUUCAGGAAAUGAACGGGGAUGCAUCCACUUGCCCUGAUAAAAUUAAAGAAAGUUACCUGCAGCAUUUUUUCAAGCAUGGCGGCACAGCAGAACUCAAAUGUUCCCAAAAGUCCAACCUGGCCCGGGUGGUAUGGAAGUUCCAGAACGGCGUGCUCAAGGCCGAAAGCCCCAAGUACAGCCUGGUAGGCAGAAAGAACCUGCUCAUCUUCAACCUGUCAGAAGGAGACAGCGGGGUGUAUCAGUGCCUGUCGGAGGAGAGGGUCAAGAACAAGACAAUCUUGCAGGUGGUGGCCAAGCAUGUUCUGGAGGUCAAGACAGUCCCACGAACCACAGUGGUCUCUAUGUCGCCGGCCACUCGGACAGAAGGCAGUCGGAUCACCCCCAGAGUAUCAGUGGGACCCACCCCAGUCUCCUUUCCCCAGACCCCAGCUGUGCGGGUCACCACGCCGGGUGCUGUCCCCCCACCGUCCAGCCCCGUGGCACCCACCAGUACGUCCUGCGAACCAAAGAUCGUCAUCAACACGGUCCCGCAAGUCCACUCGGAGAAGACACUGUAUCUCAAGUCCAGUGACAACCGCCUCCUCAUGUUUCUCUUCCUCUUCUUCUUCGCCCUCUUCCUCUGCCUUAUCUCCUACAACUGCUAUAAGGGCUACCUGCCCGGACAGUGCUUGAAAUUCCGCUCGGCUAUGCUCCUCGGGAAGAAGAAGCCCACAUCAGACUUCUCAGACUUUGAGCAGAGUGUGAAGGAGACGCUGGUGGAGCAGGGCAGCUUCUCCCAGCAGAAUGGGGGACAGCCCAAGCCGGCCCUGGACACCGGCUACGAGACGGAGCAGGACACCAUGGCCAGCCGGCUGCCCACGGACCGGGAGGACUCGCAGAAGAUCGACGAGCUCCCGGGCAGGGACCGGCCGUUCGACGUCAAGUGCGAGCUGAAGUUCGCCGACUCGGACGCGGACGGGGACUGAGGCCCCGGCCGCCCACAUGUUCCUUGUGUUGCCAGCUCAGCGCCCCAUCCAGUGCUGCGUAGGUAGCCGUUGUCAGCAAACCUCCGUCUUCUGUGUCUUUUCUCUUGGGUCGCGCUUGUGACUUGGUUUCUCUUUGUCCUUUUGGAAAACAGCGAGCAUCGAGUCCGGCCUCCCUGGUCGGUGGGGCGUUUGGAGUCAGGCCCGCAGGCUCACCCGCGGCCGCUCUGCGGCGGAGAGAUGGCCACACUGCCACUGGCCUGAGAAGAAAGUCUGUGAACGUCCCCUCCUCAUAGCAGCCACUGAAAGAUAAUUUAAUUCCAGAUUGGAAAUGACAUUUUAGUUUAUCAGAUUGGUAACUUAUCACCUGUUGUCCAGGUUGGCACAGACCUUUCCUUCCACGUCAUUACUUUGUAGGAUUUUGCUUUAAUUAUGUUGGCGUGUUGGGUCAUUUUAUUUUUUUAAUUACUAAAGCAGAUGUUUUAAUAUUUGGAAGGUGUACAUCUUCUGAAUUUUGUUGUAUAUUAGGAUAAAGGUAUGGCUUACGUUGCUUAAGAUUCUCAGGGAUAAACUUACUUUUGCUAAAUGCAUUCUUUUCCGCUUUUAGAAAUGUAGACAAAAUCAUCUCUUGAUCGCAUUUCUUUUUUUAAUUAUUCUUAAAAUUUUGUUCCUUGAGGGAAGCAUCGUUUUCAGAGAUUUUUCUUUCUGUACCUUUUUACUCUUGUCUUAACUCUUUCGAGGAAAAGGCUGUGGGGGACCAUCCCACGACACUGGGCAGAGUUUGGAGGGAGGGACGGGCCCCAGCAUGCUCUGGAUGGAGCUGGGCUAGCCCAGAGCUGAGAGGACAAGCGUGUUACAAUCUAAUGCCCAUGGCCACUGGUGAAAACCUCUUGUUCAGGCAGAAUGUUCUCCAGGAUAUCUUGGUCAUCUGAACAUCUCCUUUUUCAUUUUGCUUCCAUCUCAUACUCUCCGCCCGCCCAGACUUUCUGUUUGGCCUAACUGAGCUGUCCACAACUGGAAAAGAGCUGGGUGGCCAGGGGGCAGCCAGGUCAGUGACCACAGCCCCCCAGCCCCCACAUGCUGCUGCCGCAGACCUGCCAAGCCUGGCGCCAUCUGUCAAGGUGCGAGUGGGCCGCACGGUCCUACCAUCACCGACGUCACACUCCACCUCCUGCUUUCCAGAUGCCCACAAGAGGAGGCUUUCUUUCCGUGGCAAAGAGCAAUAAACUCUGAGCGUGUGUGCCUGUGUGGCCGAUGUCAUCUUCCAGCAUGAUAGGAUUUGACCGUUCUGGUGUAAACAUUUGUGUUUUAUAAGAUUUACUUUGUUUUUAUUUUUCUACUUUGAAUUGUAUACAUUUGGAAAGUAACCGAAUAAACAGAAGCUUAUAUCCUUGA